AUAUUUUUUUCGCUCAAUACCCUAAACGGUUCCGCAAAAGCUUCCACUGUAGAGGAGGCUAAACGCCCUGAGAGGUACCAAAACCGCUUUUUUAACCCCUAAAAGGUACGACGAGCACCCCCCCGUCAUUUUAAUAUGGCAGUCCUACCCCCUGGGUUCUUGGAUAACUUUUUCAGUCACCUAGCUACUGUCUCGAACCUCCAACAAUUAAAUGUUUGAGGUACAAUGUAGUGAGGUUCAGCUGUAUGAAUCGUAUAUGAUGACCUGAGAAUAAAGUUUUCUGUUAAAUUUUUUUUAUUUACCAAUGUUACAAAUAUGCCUUUUUUGUUACAUUUAUUGCAGGUUUGCAAUAUGUUCAGCAUAUUUCACUGUUGUGUCAAAGCAACACACCAGCAGGACUCUCAGUGGUCGGUAGUUGUGUGCAUCUGUGCGACAAUUUGUCAAGUUCUCUUCAUGGGAAUUUUGCGCAGUUUUGGAGUGUUGUUCCCUGUCUUAAUGGCAGACUUUGAAACCAGCAGAGAGAGGACAGCAUGGAUAGGUUCCUUUGCCUUAUCACUAUCACUAUUUGCUGCACCGUUGGUGGGACGUCUUUCUCAGAAGUUGAGUUGUCGCUUUGGAGUUAUCAUUGGAGGACUUUUGUUCAUAGCAGGACUUACGGCAACAUCAUUUGUGAAUGAUAUCAAGAUCAUGUUCUUCACCUUCAGUGUUCUCACUGGACUCGGAGCAAGUUUUUGUCGUACCUCUUGCUUUCUGAUGGUGGCAAAAUACUUCAACAAGAAACGUUCCUUUGCUACGGGGAGUGUUACCAUGGGCCCCUCAUUAGGGAUGUUUAUUUGGGGCCCUGUGACUCAAGUGCUUCUUGACUCUGUUGGCUGGAGAGACACUUUUAGAGUCAUGGCACUUUCCUGCACCCUGAUCUUGCUUUUAGCCAUCCCCUUUAAUCCUAAUAUAGAGGAGAAGGAUAAGAUGUCAGAAGAUACCUGUGACGAAAUGACCGAGCCAAAUGAUCAGGAUGAUGAUGAUGGUAGUGCAAAGAUUCAAACAGGAAAUAAAAAGUUCAAGAUUCUUGAUUUUUCGGUGUGGAAGAUUCCCCAAUACUGCAUCCUUGUCGCUUCUUUCACGCUAAUGUUCAUGUGCCGCUUCAUUCCCAGUGUCCACCUGGUCAAGUACAGUGAAGAACUAAACAUCCCAGCUGAUAAAGCUUCUCAUUUUUACAUGUUCCUGGGAAUCUCUUCGGGUGCAGCCAGACUCCUGAUUGGUAGAUUGUGUGAUGUCAAAUGGGUCAAUAUAUGCUACAUAAAUCAGCUGGGAAUUACUCUUGCUGGCCUGGCUACCUUGCUUCUACCUCUCGCUAAAAGUUAUUUGUUUCUCGCAUUAUACACUGCUGUAUUUGGGUUCUCAGAUGGAGCUUUCAUAACAUCACAAAAUGUGAUUCUUCUUGGUAUUGUUGGGCCUGACAGACGGGAUGCCGCAUUUGGAUUUGGAUGCCUGUUGUGUUCUUUUGCACUGGCUGGUGGUCCACCCUUAGCAGGUGAGUAUUUUAAUACUUAAAAGUUUCCAUAAUUUAUGAUGGGUGUGAUUUCUGGGAUUUCUGUGAUUGCUAUGGUAACCAAAUAG